AUGGGAGACCCAUCGCCCUGCGGUAUUCCUGAAUCAUACCUUGGCAGUGAACAUGGAGGGGGAUUAGGCGAAGGUGCUGACACAAGAACAAGCGAUGGAAGAGGCCGUGGCGCAACUUCUGCAGGCGGUUGGGACACUGGUGCUGCUGUGAUGAAAUUCGAAUCUAGGAUGCCUUUUGGGUUCUGGGUUGAAUCUAACAAUACGGUAGAUCGUGAGGCUAGCUCCGAAGCAAAAUCUGAUUCCUCCGAGUACCUCAACGGGCACGUCUUUGACGUCAUUGUAUGGACGACCACAUUGCAUCUGCUGCAUGUGCUUGGAGCCCGUGUAGCAGCUUUAACUGCUGUAGAUCUUGCUUAG